ACUACCAUUUCGAUCUCCGUCUUGGCCCCCAACCUUGUGUCAAUCCAACUAAUCCUAAUCACCCCUCCAUUGACCCCUCACUUGCGCAACAACCGCCCCAGACCUUGUCAACUCUCACACCUACAAACGUCGCAUAAACAUUUACAGCAAACACAUCAUCACAAUGUCCGGCCCUUACGACCAGUACAACCAGGGUUACCAGCACCAGCAGCAAUAUCCUCCCCAAGGCCAAUAUCCCCCUCAGCAACACGGCUGGGAUCAAGGCGGCUACCAACAACCCGGUUAUCCACCGCAGCAGCAAGGCCAGGGCUACGGUCAGCCACAGCAGGGCUAUGAACAGCAAGGUUAUAACCAGCAAUACGGUGCACCUGCACACGGAGGUUUCCAACACGGCCAACAAGUAGCACCCUAUGACCAGCAGCAACAAGGAUACGGCCAAGCUGCCCAGUAUCCUCCACAAGGCCAAUACCCCGGCCAGCAGCCAUCGCAGCAAUUCCCCCAGCAAGGUGCAUAUGCCCAAGACCAGUAUCCCCAAGGUCAUAGCGCCUAUGGCCAGCCAGGACAGCAGCACGGUCCCACGGAUCCCAACGCGCAGGCUGAGGGCGACCGUGGGCUUAUGGGCGCUCUAGGUGGCGGUGCAGCCGGCUACUUUGGCGGCAACAAGAUGGGCGGGCAUGGCAUCAUCGGAGCCAUUGCCGGGUCUAUCCUCGGUAGCAAGCUGGAGGACAAGGCCAAGAAGCCCAAGCACGGUAACGGCGGUUUCUUCUAGAGAUAGAACGAUGUCAACGUUUUCAUGUUGAGUACCGGAGGAUUGGAUUACGGAUGGGAAUCUGGUUGAUGAGGCGUUACGGACAAGGGUUACAGAUAGGCACGGCAGUGUCUCACGGUAUUUGGUUACGAUACUGAGAAUCGGAUAGUUAUUCCUAGAAUGAAUAACCAAUGAAUUCGGAUUUUGUGUUUCUCA